AGUUUGGCUCAAGCCGUUUUGGCUCAAGCCGUUUUCUCUCAAGAAACCAGCUUGGCUCAAGCCGCAUUGCCAUGUCUUUCUGGAUGCGUUUCUCGGAUGCUGGAUAUCGUUCGAGGGUCUCGAGAAGGCGCUACUUCCCUCGAAGGUUCGAUCAAGAACUGCGCUCAGACAAAGCAAUGGAGCGCAGCACUGCGGCUGCUCCGCGAAGGAUUUCGACUGGGUGCGCAGCUCGCCCCGGGCCACUACAUUGCGACGGUGUGCGCAUGCAGAAGUGGCGGGCAGUGGCAGCACGCGCUGUCGGUGCUGAGUGAGAUGUGGGCGGCGACGCUGGAGCCCAACUCAUUAGUCUCCUACAACGUUGGGAUCAGCGUGUGCGAGAAGGGCGAGCAGUGGCAGCGGGCUUUGGCGCUGCUGAAGGAGAUGUGGAAGGCGAAUCUGGAGCCCGACUCAGCUACAAUGCUGGGAUCAGCGCGUGCGAGAAGAGCAAGCAGUGGCAGCGGGCGCUGGCGCUGCUGAGCGAGAUGCGGAAGGCGAAGCUGGAGCCCGACGUCAUUAGCUACAACGCUGUGAUCAGCGCUUGCGAAAAGGGCUGGCAGUGGCAGCGGGUGCUGGAGCUGCUGAGCGAGAUAUGGGAGGCGAAGCUGGAGCCCGACGUCAUCUUCAGCUACAGCGCUGGGAUCAGCGCGUGCGAGAAGGGCGAGCAGUGGAAGCUGGCGCUGGCGCUGUUGAGCGAGAUGUGGGAGGCGAAGCUGGAGCCCGACGUCAUCCUCGUCUACAAUGCUGGGAUCAGCGCGUGCGAGAAGGGCGGGCAGUGGUGGCGGGCGCUGCUGCUGCUGAGCGAGAUGUGGGAGGCGAAGCAGAAGCGCGACGUCAUCGAUCCUACAAUGCGGGCGGGGUUCAGCGCGUGGAAGGACCACGUCGUGGCAAAGCUGGGGUCGGCCCGCCGGGAGGGCUCGCCGCGGAGGGCCUGCGCCCUCCAGCGGCACAGGCGAGUCCAAGAGGCCUUCAACUUCGCCGAGGAUGCUUCCAAUGCGGUCGAGGAUGGCCUCAAG